AUGGUUAAUCUGCCAGGUGAAAAUGAAAAGGUGUAUCCUUGUGAAAUUUGCGGACGAAAUUUUGUGAAAAAUAGUUUGAUGAAACAUGAAGUAAUAUGCCAAAAAAUGGUAAAAGCAAAACGGAAAGUGUUUGAUUCCGGUAAACAACGAGCAACUGGAUCUGAUAUUACGAUUGAUAAUGUUAUAAAUGCUCGAAAGGAACGCGAAAAGCUUGGUGGAACGUUUCCAAGACCUAAGACAAGUUGGCGUGAAAAACAUGAAACAUUCGUUAAUGCUGUGUCAACAUCUAAACAAACGAACAAUUCACUUCGUGCUGAUACACCUUUUUCAGUAGUACCAAAAGUUCGCAUUGAAGAUUUAGUAUAUAUUAGUAUGGCUUAUUGUCUUUUGGCUGGUUUUGGUCUUUUAGCUUUUAAUCUUAUGAAUUACGUCAAAUGCGAAUAUUGUGAACGUAGUUUUAAUAAAGCGGCAGCAGAACGGCAUAUUCCAUUUUGUAAAACGCAACAAAAAAAGAAAGGACCAAUAAAGAUACAAAAGAUAAGACCACAGCAAUCUAAUGCAACAAUGAUACGAUCAGAAGCUAAUGACUGUCACCGAUUAACUAAUAAAUCGUUAAGUCGUGAUAACAAGAUGAAUUCGAAGAAAAAUGACUAUCAUUCAACAAUAUCAGAACAUCGUUCAAGCAUUUCCUCAAGACGAUCUGGUUCAUCGCAGCGAUUAAAUGUUAAUAAUAUAAGUGAAAAUGAUCGACGAAGAGAGAGGAGCUUAUCAAGAAAAAGAAAUAAUUCUGCUACACAUUCAACCAAUAAAUUCAUUAAACAAAUAAGCAAUGCAUCAGAACGAGAACGGACAAAUUCAUUGGGCUUAUAUCGAGCUAUUAGUCGAGAACAAACAUCUGCGCCAAUGUCUCGGCAAUCAUCGCUUACAAGAAAAGACAAUGGGACAGAAAAAAAAAGUUAA